GAAAAUUCACUCAAGACUUGAGCUUUUUUGGCUUCUUCUUGGUUUUCCCUUUCAUCGCAUUAAUGGUUUUAUCCUUGCUUGCAGCAAUUGGACUUAAUUCCUUUUGUGGGUUCAAUCAGUGUAAUUUGGUGGCUGCAUCGUCUUUGAAAUUCUCUUAUUCGGGUGCUGCGGAAGGGGGGUGAAGUAGUUCGAAUUUUGGGUUUACAAGAGGGAUUUGAAACUGAUAAUUUGUCGGGUCUCUUUAGGUUGUUGAUUUUAGGGAUUAGUGUUUGUUUCUUGCCUCCAAUCUCUACUAUUUCUUGGUGACAAAAUGAGAAGAAAGAAAGCGAGCAUUGGAUUUUGGUAAUGUUUUUGUAGGUUUGUGCUAACCUGUGUGCAUUGGAGGAGUUUGCUGCUUUUGUUACAUAGGAAUUUUGUUUUCGAAAUUAUGCUUGUGACGUCUCUGUUUUUAGUUAUCUUCUUGGACUAAAUUAUGCAAGUAACACGGUUGCUAUGGCCAUAGCUAAUGGGUUCAUUUUCACACAAAGCCUCAUGUGGAGAUCAAAUGGUAAUGACUCUUUAAGUCUUACUGUUUGUAGGAUGGACUCUGAAAUCGGAGUUGAUUUGGGAAAUCUUUUUAUGAAGACAUGAGGAUUUCUGCAAAACUUCUCAGUGUUUGGCUCUUGAUGAGUUUGUUUUUGGGUGAAAUUUGAAAUACUCUCACUAAUUGUCCACUUUGCAAAGCGAUAUCAGUGUCCUUGGUUCUCUGUAGUGGGAGGUGUUAUUCGAUGAAUACUGGUGGUUUGAAGGAUUAUGUGCCAACUGUAUUUGACAAUUUUAGUGCAAACGUGGUUGUUGACGGAAGCACUGUUAAUCUGGGGUUGUGGGACACUGCUGGCCAGGAAGAUUACAAUAGGUUGAGACCUUUAAGUUAUCCCGGAGCAGAUGUCUUCCUGCUUGCGUUCUCUCUCAUAAGCAAGGCUAGCUAUGAAAAUGUUGCCAAAAGGUGGAUUCCUGAGCUGCGUCAUUUUGCACCUGGUGUUCCGGUUAUUCUUGUCGGGACGAAGCUUGAUCUACGAGAUGAUAAGCAGUUCUUCUUAGAACACCCUGGCGCCGUCCCCAUUACCACAGCCCAGGGGGAGGAACUAAAGAAACUGAUAGGGGCUGCUGCUUACAUAGAAUGCAGUUCAAAAACGCAGCAGAACGUCAAAGCUGUCUUCGAUGCUGCCAUUAAGGUGGUCCUGCAGCCGCCUAAACAGAAGCGAAGGAAGAAGAGAAAGGCCCAAAAGGCAUGCUCUAUAGUAUGAGCACGACGAGAAUAGCAAGAAGAAAGAAAUCCUUUCUGGUAUGGAGAAGUAAUUAACUACUGCAAAACAAGGAUUAAACAAGUGAUGUUAAUAGUCCUAACUGACAGCCUAGGAGAUGUCGACAGAGCAUUGCAGUUCUGCUUGCUGCACCUCGUCUGUGGUCUAAUAUCAUCAUGAAGGACUUACUUUAGAUGCAGGUAACUAGCAGAAAAUUUCAUAAAAGCUCUAGAGAGUUGUAUUAUUUUUCUUUCGGUUGAAAAGUCGCAUUUUUACCACUACCAUGCAUUGUCCAAGUGUUUUUCUUGG